ACAGCUCACAAUAAAGCUUGUAGCCGCUAAAUAAUAAACUUAAUAAUCACAUUAACUACUCGCUGAGAAGUGAGAUCAUCGCUCUGAGCAAAGCAAGGCAAAGCCAAUGCUAUGGUUGGCCGUGAAAUGUAGAUGGAAAAGCUUGGAAGAUGCAUUUAGAAAGUGAAAAACUGCAACGAAGUACUUAAAGCUGAAACAAUGCAACAAUUGCACUUAUUAGUAUUAAUACUCAACGCCCUGCUGAUGCCAUCUUUGGCCCAAAGGGAGGCGGAAGUGAAACAUACACUGCUGCCUAAUCUGCCGAGCGACCAUUUGAUACGUUUCCUAAACACAUUUCCCAAACUUCGCACGCAAUUGCCCAUCAAUGCAACAGUGACGAAAAAGCAUGCCUGUUGGGGCCAUGAGCGCAACUGCAGCGCUGAGGCCCGUUUCCAGACGCCACACUGUCCAGGCGAUCACACAGGCUGGGUGCAGAGCAAAGACGCGCAAGUGCAGACCUUCUACUACCAGACCGACUUUGGCUAUAUACAACAACAACUGGUCGAGCUUACACCACAGUGCGUGCCCAAAUUUGUCACCGAUUCGUCGUUGGAGUGCACCAAGUAUUUGCGCUUCUGUCGGGGCCGCAACUUGCUGUUCGAUUUGCGGGAUGUGGCUAAUCGUAAGGAGCGCAUUCGAUACCAUAUGGACGUGUUGAGUCCUGGGCAGCUGCUGGGCCACUGUGAGCUUAACCGCACACGCCUUAGUGCGGAGCAGGAACAUAUGGGCGCGCUGCAGUCUUGGGCGCCAGAGCUUCGCAAUUUUGAUGUGCUUCCUUAUCCGGUGCUGGGCAGCGAUGCUUGCGAUUUGGUUGUAGAUACGCCCACUUUUGUGAUGAAAAUCGAUGCCACUUACAAUAUGUAUCAUCAUUUCUGCGACUUUUUCAAUUUGUAUGCCUCGCUGUUUGUGAAUCAAUCGCAUCCUGCCGCCUUCAAUACAGAUGUGCAAAUAUUGAUAUGGGAGACCUAUCCAUAUGAUUCGCCAUUUCGCGACACAUUCAAGGCAUUUACACAGCGCCCAGUCUGGACAUUGAGCGAUGUGCAGGGGAAGCGUGUGUGCUUUCGUAACGUUGUACUGCCAUUGCUGCCACGCAUGAUCUUCGGACUGUUCUACAACACGCCAAUUAUACAAGGCUGCUCAAACAGUGGUCUGUUUCGAGCCUUUUCUGAGUUCAUUCUGCACCGCCUACAGAUCCCAUUCCAGGCCCCACUACCUCAACGUAAGCUACGCAUAACGUAUUUGUCGCGUCGCACAAAAUACCGUCAAGUACUCAAUGAACAGGAGCUUUUGGCGAAGCUCGAUACCAACGAGGAUUAUGUUGUACAACGCGUCUCAUACGAGCGUCUCUCCUUUACCGAGCAAUUGGCCAUCACUCGGAAUUCUGACAUACUCAUUGGCAUGCAUGGCGCCGGACUGACGCAUCUGUUGUUUUUGCCCAAUUGGGCUUGCAUUUUUGAAUUGUACAACUGCGAAGACCCCAAUUGCUACAAAGAUCUCGCACGUCUGCGUGGCGUGCAUUACAUUACGUGGAAGCAUCGGCACUUGGUAUAUCCAAACGACGAAGGCCACCAUCCAGAGGGUGGGGCGCAUGCCAAGUUUACAAAUUAUCGUUUCGAUGCUGUGGAAUUUGGUCGUCUUGUGGCGGAGGCUGCUGCACAGGUGAGAUUGCAUAAGGAAUUCCCUCAGCCAACUCCAACCAUGAAUCCGCACGAAGAGCUUUAGUUUAGUUAUGUGAUCAAUGCAUUUAUUUAUAAUAAUACAUAGUAGUAUUUGCUUUUCGAAUAAACUAAAAUGAACUAUUUAAUAGUAUGCAAUGAGCGCGAUA